GAACAUUGUGACACUGAAAACAGCGUGAGCCAACCCCAAUUUAUUUCCGAAGUCGCCGUUUUUUUAGUGUUUUCAGGACUGUUGAAGUAUAAUUUUACGGGACAAUCAGUCGUAGCCGGUGUCCUCUGAACUCAAAAUGGAUGAUAUCCAGAUUGUCGAAACUAAACCUCUGCUGGUUGAUGGCGAUCUGCAGGGCCUGAGGGAGGCUGUGCAGAAACUUCAGAUUAAGGAGCACGAUGUGGAGACUCCUCAUGGCAGGAUUCACUGCACCAUGAAGGGGGUUCCCAAAGGAGACCGACCCUGCAUUCUCACCUUUCAUGAUAUCGGACUGAACCACAAGACUUGCUUUGACACCUUGUUCAACCAUGAGGACAUGCAUGAGAUCAUGCAGCACUUUGCUGUGUGCCAUGUGGACGCCCCAGGCCAGCAUGAAGGUGCCAGCACUUUCUCUACUGGGUAUGAGUACCCAUCUAUGGACCAGCUGUCUGAGAUGCUUCCAACAGUUCUCAAACAUUUUGGUCUGAAGAGCGUCAUUGGAAUGGCUGUCGGAGCAGGUGCCUACGUCCUCGCUAAAUUUGCUCUUAACAAUCCUAACAUGGUGGAGGGCCUUGUGCUGAUCAACAUUAACCCAUGUGCUGAGGGUUGGAUGGACUGGGCUGCCCACAAGAUCUCAGGCUGGACUCAUGCUAUGCCAGAUAUGAUCAUCACACAUCUGUUUGGAAAGGAGGAGAUCCACCACAAUCAUGAAAUGAUUGCCACAUACCGUCACCAUAUCAUGAAUGACAUGAACCAAUACAAUCUGCAUCUUUUCGUCAAGGCCUAUGAGAGCCGGAGGGACCUGGACAUUGAAAGGCCGGUGCCAGGGAGCAAUGCUAGGACACUCAAGUGCCCCACUCUUCUGGUUGUUGGAGAUAACUCUCCUGCUGUGGAGGCUGUGGUGGAGUGCAACACCAAGCUCGACCCAACAAAGGCCACACUCCUCAAGAUGGCAGACUGCGGAGGCUUACCCCAGGUUGACCAGCCUGGAAAGCUGACAGAGGCAUUUAAGUAUUUCAUCCAGGGCAUGGGCUACAUGCCCUCUGCCAGCAUGACCAGACUGGUUCGUUCCCGCACAGCCUCUGGCUCCAGCGUCCACUCCUUCGACGGCAACCGUAGCCGAUCGCACACCAACGAGGGCAACCGCAGCAGGUCACACACCAACGAGGGGAGUCGCGCCCGCUCUCACACCUCCGAGAACCAGCGCGGUCGCUCUCAAACGGACACCUCCAUGGACAGUGCCACCAACAGCUCUGUGGAUCAUCAGCAGCCCAAGUCCACUGAAGUGUCCUGUUAAACCACCUCUUCAGCCGUAACGAAA